UUCUUUGCCUGACUUUAUUACAAGUGACCCUAGUAAAUUCUGGAAAUAUAUGUGAAAAGAAAAAAAUAGUAUCACAGAUGUCAGUCGACGGAACCAACGUGAUGGAUCAGGGACAUUGCCCUGAAUUUUAAUCAAUAUUUUCAAAGCGUGUGAUUCAAACUGCACAUGUAACACGAGUUUCCACGUGCUGAUGCACAUGUAAUUUCUUACCCUGGUGUGGUAUCUAUGCAGUUGCUGUUGAACUUGAAAACCAAAGAAUCGUCGGGUCCAGACGAUAUCCCAAACGUGUUUCAACGACGAUAUGCUAUAUCUCUUGCUAAAUGUUUGGUUAUUAUUUUUCAUUCUGCUUUGCCGACUUCCCAAUUGUCCAGUGACUGGAAGACAGCCCGAAUUGUGCCCCUCUUUAAAAAAAAGGGAGACCGCCUAACACUUGGAAAUUACCGUCCUAUUUCACUAACUUCGUCAUGUAAAAUUUUUGAACAUAUAGCCACUAGUAUAAAUAAAUUCCUGGAAGAGCACUCCAUAUUGACUAAGUUUCAACAUGGGUUUAGGAAAGGAUUCUCUACCGUAACUCAACUUGUCACAUUGUUCCAUUCUCUUGCAUUAACCCUCUACAGACACGGUAUGUUGAUAUGCUUUUCUUGGAUUUGGUAAAGCUUUUGACAAAGUUCCUCACAGUAAACUAAUUUUCAACCUUGAUACAAUAGGUAUUUUAAAAAUGUUCAUAGGAUUUCAGCCUACUUAACUAAUCACACACAAUACAGUCAUGCAGGGGGUCAACUCUCGCAUUGUCUUCUAGUCACAUCCGGUGUACCACAGCGCAGUGUGCUAGGCCCUUUUCUCUUUCAAUUGUAUGUUAGUGAUAUUGUUGAUGUUGUUAGCCCUGGUGUAUAAAUUAGAUUAUUUGCUGAUAAUUGUUUUGUUUAAAGAAAUUAUUUGCACUAAUGAUUACGACCUCAACAGUAGUCUGGGUAAUAUACAUGAAUGGUGUAAAGAAUGGGGAAUGUCACUAAACAUGAGCAGAUGUGUCUGCCUUCCAGUAACUCACAAAAAAAAUCACCUUUCAUAUACUUACUUUUUCGGGUCUUCGCCAAUACAACAAGUAAGUUGCUACAAAUAUAUCGGUGUGAAACUGACUUCUAACCUAUCUUGGAAUCUUCCUAUUGAUGUUUGCUCAUCUGCCUUCCGCAAGCUAUGUGUCCUGAAGCAUAAACUUAAAGCUGCUCCCACUAAUAUUAAACUCCUCUGCUACACUGCUCUUGUGUGACCAAAACUAGAAUAUAUGUGCAAUAAAUGGGAACCUUAUACUAAACGUAACAUUGAUAGUCUUGAGUGUAUUCGGAGAAAGGCUGUAAGGCUUAUAUAUUUUAAAAAAUUUUUGCGUUAGACUCGCCCUCUAAUUUAAAGCAAGCUAAUGACGUACCACUAUUACAGGCACGAAGGCAAAGUAUACAUUAGAAUUUCUUUUCCAGCUUUGGAAUAACAAACUAGCUCUCGAUCUAUCACCGUAUUUAUCACCCUUAACUAGCAGGCCCACCUGACACCACCAAGAAAACGUGCUCAUGUCAUAUUUUGCUCGCACUGACCUGUUUAAAUAUUCUCAUUUUCAAGGACCAUUCAUGAAUGGAAUUGCCUUAUGAAGGCAAAUGAGCAGACUGCGAAUUAACAUUUUUGAGCUUGCAUCUGUGUUUUUCUUUUGUUGCUGAGUGUUUCUGCUUUGUAUUUAUUAAUGUUCACCCUGCUUGGAUCUUGAGUCCGCAGUAUUGAAUAAAGAAAUAAAUAAGUGGGUAUAAGUUUGUACAAUAAGACUGGCAUUCAAAACAUUGACACAAGAAAAGGAAGGUUGUCCCUGUGUUCUCAUUUUCACAUUUUGUACACCUGCCUUUCUGUGCUGUAAACGUAACUAGUAGGUCAUUUGGAAAGAAAUGUAAGCUAACAUUUAUGAAUGCAACACUGGUCAUCACCGAGUUAAAAUUUCAGGUUCGUGAUACUUGCAUCAGCCAGACAGGAUGCAUAAACAUCACUCUUCACCGCCCACAGACAGAGAUGGCUAUUUAUCCUUUCAUUGUUGUGAAUGCAGGGAUACCUCCAUUUUCAAUGCUGUACUAGUGAUGGUAGGGGGAGUGACGGCUUAAUAAUGUGAGCUUCUUAAAGGAAACCAUAUUUAAUAUGUGGCUCCAGACUAUGUUAGCAUACCAUCUACUAUGCUCACAACUGUGCUUUUAUUUCAGCGUUCAUGGAAAAAAUUUUGUUUGCACUAAACGCCAUAAAGCUGACUCAGCAGACACACACGCAGUGCUUCAGUGAACUAAUCAAGAAAGUGGACGAUGCACCUUUGCACUCAACGGACAUUCCUGACUUGCCACUUUCAACUGUAGAGGACUUGUUGAGAUAUGAUGAAGAGCUUGGAGCCAAAAGUGAAGCAAGGGUUGCAAUGAAAAAGCACAUGGCCAUACAAGGAGGUGAAAGCACGCAGCAAAAAACGUCCCGCAUCCUCAAGAGCAUGCUCUCUUGGAAUGUUGCUGUACAGUUCAGCUGGUUUGGAGCUAAAGGGAAGAAGAAGAAGUUCAGUGACCUGAACAUCUGCAAGCUGAUGUGUAGCAGCCUGACCAAUGACACGUCCUUCAGGGCCACCUUGAAAGACACAGAAAAAGCUGGCAUGUCAUGGUUUCGACAUGCUCCCGAGAGGGCGGCAGGAGAAAGGUCAGCAGAGGCUGACUCAGCGUGA